AUGAAGCUGCGGAUACAGCUCGGUUUGGUGCUGGUUUGCUCGCUCGUCUCUUGCUCAGGCUUUUAUCUUCCGGGUUUAGCUCCAGUGAGUUUCUGUGAAGACGGAAAAGCUGGCGAGGACUGUCCGACUAAGAUCCAGCUGUACGUCAAUCGUUUGGACUCAGUAGAGUCUGUGCUGCCUUAUGAAUAUGACAUGUUUGACUUUUGCAAAGACCAAGAUGAAAGGAGACCAUCAGAGAACCUUGGGCAGGUUUUGUUUGGAGAAAGAAUUGAGUCAUCGCCUUACACAUUCAAUUUCAAGCAAGAUGUAAAAUGCCAAGCUGUAUGCACAAAGACAUAUAAAAAGGGCAGCCAAGACGAUGCAACUCGACUGGACUUUCUUAAAAUGGGAAUGCAACUUAACUACCAGCACCACUGGAUCAUUGACAAUAUGCCAGUGACAUGGUGUUAUGAUGUGGAAGAUGGACAGAAAUAUUGCAAUCCAGGAUUCCCUAUUGGUUGUCUUGUUACUGCGGAUGGAAGAGCAAAAGAUGCCUGUGUCAUAAAUGCUGAGUUCAACAAAAAGAAUACAUUUUACGUUUUCAAUCACAUGGAAAUUAAAAUUACAUACCAUAGUGGAGCCUCUGAAGGAUGGCGAGGAGCAAGGCUGGUAGCUGCAACCCUUGAGCCAAAAAGUAUUAAUCAGAAAGAUGAAAAGAAUGUCAACUGUGAAGGAGGAGCCCCAAUGGAGAUCCCUGGAGAGUUUGACAGUGAUUUGUCUGUUGUUUAUACUUACUCUGUCACGUUUGAGGAGAACAAUUCAAUUAAGUGGGCUUCAAGAUGGGAUUAUAUCCUUGUUUCAAUGCCUCACACCAAUAUCCAGUGGUUUAGUAUCAUGAACUCGCUGGUGAUUGUUCUUUUCCUUUCUGGCAUGGUUGCCAUGAUUAUGUUGAGAACCUUACACAAGGACAUUGCCAGAUACAACCAAGUUGACCAGGAGGAUGCACAAGAGGAGUCUGGCUGGAAGCAGGUUCAUGGGGAUGUAUUCAGACCUCCAAGGAAAGGAAUGCUUCUGUCUGUCUUUUUGGGGCAAGGCACCCAGAUCUUCAUCAUGACCUUCAUCACACUUUUUCUAGCUUGUCUUGGAUUCCUGUCGCCUGCCAAUCGAGGAGCACUCAUGACCUGUGCAGUUGUCCUGUGGGUUCUGCUGGGUACUCCUGCUGGUUAUGUUUCUGCUCGCCUCUACAAAACUUUUGGAGGAGAAAAGUGGAAGACCAAUGUCCUGCUGACUGCCCUCCUGUGCCCAGGAAUUGUAUUUGCUGAUUUUUUCCUGAUGAACCUUAUUCUCUGGGUUGAGGGAUCCUCCGCUGCUAUUCCGUUUGGUACCCUUGUUGCCAUUUUGGCGAUGUGGUUUGGAAUUUCCGUGCCCCUCACUUUCAUUGGGGCCUACUUUGGAUUCAAGAAACCAGCAAUCGAACAGCCAGUGCGCACAAACCAGAUUCCUCGACAGAUUCCAGAGCAGUCGUUCUUUACAAAGCCAAUCCCUGGCAUUGUGAUGGGAGGCAUCCUGCCCUUUGGCUGUAUCUUUAUUCAGCUCUUCUUCAUCCUCAACAGUAUCUGGUCUCAUCAGAUGUACUACAUGUUUGGCUUCCUGUUUCUAGUAUUUAUCAUCCUUCUGAUCACCUGCUCUGAGGCCACUAUCCUGCUUUGUUAUUUCCAUCUUUGUGCAGAGGACUACCACUGGUGGUGGCGUUCGUUCCUGACGAGUGGUUUCACAGCGGUCUAUUUGUUUAUCUAUGCUGUACAUUAUUUCUUCUCAAAACUGCAAAUUAUAGGUGCAGCCAGUACGUUUCUGUACUUUGGAUACACCAUGAUAAUGGUGCUGAUCUUCUUCCUUUUCACUGGUACCAUUGGAUUUUUUGCCUGCUUUUGGUUUGUCAAUAAAAUCUACAGUGUGGUUAAAGUGGACUGA